AUGUCAUUCAAACGAUCUUUAUCUGUAUCAUCUAUAUCACACGACGACAACUCUGAUCAAAUUCGAAGACGAAUAAAAAACACAUCUAUAUCGAGUGUUUGUCAAGUAUGUGGUGACAAAGCUAGUAUUAUGAAUUAUGGUGCACUUUCUUGUCAAUCAUGUAAAACAUUCUUUCGUAGAAAUGGUUUUCAUCCAGAAAAUGUUCGUCCAUGUUUCUUCAAUAAAUCAUGUGAAAUAAACAUUACCACACGACGAAAUUGUACUGCUUGCCGUUUUGCAAAAUGUUUAUCGACGGGCAUGAAUCCAGUUUUAAUUCGUAAAGAAAUUCAACAAAAUAAAAAAGAUAUAUUACCAACAAACGUACAUAGUUGUCAUAAUGUCGUAGACAAAAGUAUAAUGCCUACAACACAUGCUCUUAUAUUAGAUCAAUCACAUAAUGAUCCAUCAUGUGUUAGUAAAAAUGAAUGGAUAUUACUUUCAAAUGUUAUUCAUGCUCAUGACACUUCUAGUGCUAUACCACAAAUACGUCGCACUAUUGAAAAUUUAAAUGCACCAUUUUCACUUCAUGUAUCGUAUAGUGUAUCUAAUGUAGUUGAAGUUAUCCUGCGUAUGUAUACAUCUAUGGGAUCGUUUAUUAGUUCUUCACCUGAUUUUCGAAUAUUAACUAUAAAUGAACAAUGUUCUCUUUUCGAACGUAAUUUACAUGGGAUUAUUGCUCUUUGUUCAGCUCUCUACUUUCGUACUACUCGUAUUAUUGAUACUCCCAAAUGUUUAGAAAAAUUUACAUUAGUCUAUGGAUCAGAAAUUAUACUUCAAGCAAAAUGUAUCAAUGAUCAAUUAGAUUCUGAUUUAACUGUUAUUAAACUUAUGCUAAUUAUUCUUGCAUUUUCGUCAAAUUGUUUUAUUGUUCUUGAAAAAGAAAAACCACAAAUUGACAGUUUAUUAAAUGGUACAUUUCGUUUAUUUGGAAGCCAGAAUGUAUAUAUUGAACUCUUAUGGAAAUAUCUAAUUUAUCGAUAUGGUUAUUAUGAUUCAGUAAUUCGAUUUAACCGACUUAUUAGAGUUGUUCUCAGUUUGAUUAAAUACUCAGCAUCAGUCUACACAACAAAUGAAUUUUAUUAUCACUUAGUCAACGAAGUUUUAGCACAAAUAAAACAAUCAUUCGCGACAAAUCAAAAUAUGCAAAAACCAUUAUGGGGCAAAACAUCACUAUUUAGCAAAGAAUAA